AUGUCAGAAAUUCCAGAGAACUCCAAAGUUUCUAUCUACAGCAAGAAUGAGAAGAAGGCUAGAGAAUUGAUUCAGAAAUUCUCUAUGAAGCCAAUGCCUGGCAUCACAAGGGUGACAUUCAGAAAGAAGAACAACCAGAUCUUUGCCAUUGACAACCCAGACGUUUACAAGACCCAAGGUGGUAACUACGUGGUCUUUGGUGAGCCAAAGGUCGACGAUUUCACUCGUCGUUUGGCCCGUGCGCAGCAGCAAGCUGCAAGUGCGGCCAAGGACCCACAGUCUAUCCAGGCAGACAUGGCCGCCGCCGCCGCCGCCCCAGCUGCUCCAGCUGCCCCAGCUGCUGCCCCAGAGGAGGACGAAGCUGGACAGGUUGACGAGUCCGGCUUGGAUGGCCAGGACAUCGAGCUCGUUAUGCAACAGGCAAACGUUUCCAGAAACAAGGCUGUGAAGGCUUUGCGGGAGCACAACUCGGAUAUCGUGAAUGCCAUUAUGUCGCUGUCAAAGUGA